AUGGACCAAGCACAGCCAUUGGGGACCACCAGGUUGCGUGCCUCUCGUCGAAGACCCCGUGCAUCGCGCGCCUGCGAAACUUGCCGCGUGCGCAAAACCAAGUAUCACUCGCUGGACUGUUUCUAUCGUGAGACCGGCUCAACCGACAGCCCAUUGAAGCGACCUGCUCAGGUCAAGGAUGUCCAAAGAAAGAAAAGCCGGCCCUCCCCAUGGCCGGAGGCAGAUAUCAGUCCUGCGUCAGACAGCGUUCAAAGAAGAGAACCCCUAGAUCAAGUCGCUGAGUCUUCGCCCAUGGUGACUCCUAUACCCGACCCCAGCAGUCUCGCCGGGGAGACUCCUGAGCUGGGCGACAAUGCCUCGCGCGACGGUCUGAGCGGCGUAAACCUGCACACCAGUGGCACCGAAUUCUACGGUAACUCGUCGAACCUGGCGUUUUUGGGAAGCUUGUAUGCGCGAGCCCGUCAUCAAGCGGAGAGCCAGGUGCCACACGUGGCUGAUCCGUAUCUUCCCGCCCAGACCACUCGGGCAGACAUCGCCACUCCCACUCACCAGUUGGACAAGCAGUCAGACGGCGGGAAUUCCAAAUCCCAGCUUUCUAUUGUCAACCUUCUCUACAAUCCGAGUUAUCCGAGUCACCUCCAGCCGCAGGUUAGCGGGAAGCUUGACGGAGAACGUGGGAAAGAGUCGCAGCUUGGUGCCGGGGCAUUGCCACGUCGCCACGUCGGUCGUGAUGCUACAACGCAAGUUGAGGGGCUCACCUUAGAAGCGCAGCUGGAGAUCGAAAAGAUCUUCAUCAGUAGCUAUUUCUCCAACAAACACUACAUCCACCCCAUGCUCAACAAACACGAUUUUAUGCAGCGCUGUGAGCAUGAGGCUUUCGUCUUGUCUCACCGACCCAGAUUUGCCCAGGGCAUGUCUAGGUUCGCUGGCCUCUAUUUUACUGUGGUGGCGGUGGGCGCUAUGAGUGCAAGCCCUAACGAGACGUCUCUACUAGAGCAUUAUUCCACGACUGCAGAUAGUGCCUCUGGUGAGACAAAUACCGCACAAGCGUCGGCAUUGGAUUUCGCAAAUCAUUACUACAAGAUAGCCAAGCAGGCUCUUGGUGACUUGUUCGAGGGGGGAUGUCUAGAGAGUGCGCAGGCACUUUCAUUGCUGGGCGUGUAUUGUCAAAAUGCCCUGCGGCCGCACAGCUGUUUCAUGUACAGCGGCAUGGCCGCAAGGACGGCUGUGGCCAUCGGGCUCACAUCCGGUAUGUCGUCUGCUUCUCCGAGUAUGCGGAGAGAAGGUCGACGAACGUGGUGGGGCAUCUACUCCCAUGAAAUAGAGAUGUGUUGCUCUUCUGGACGUCUUGACAGCAUGAAAGAUCUCCAGUAUUACCAAGUUCCACUGCCAACAAUCAAAGGCACCCCCGACAGCCAGUUCGAUCCCGACGCAGAGGACCAGGACGUAGCAAUAAUCCCCGUCAUGGUAGCCCUAGCUCACAUCAUGUCCGAAGCAUCGCAUCAGCUCUACCAUUCCUCCAAGUUCUCGAUGGGCGAGAAGUCUGAGAUUGCGCUAGACUUGGACCGCAGGCUGCUGGAGUGGAAGACCAAGAUCCCGCCGUUUCUCGAUAUCGACAUCGUGGCUUUGAAUGACCCCGAGUGGGCCUUCAAGCAGAAAUUGGUCCUAAAGCUGCGAUUCUACAACACCCGCAUCUUGAUCCACCGUCCCUUCCUGGCGGGUGCAACGGCCAACACCGAAUCGCCCGCGCUCCAACAACAUUUGCACCCUUGCCUAGAAGCCGCACGUAAUAGCAUCCAGGUGCAGUACGAAUCGUUCGUGCACCGGACGUACUUUCGAACAUGGUGGUACAACACCACCUACGCUCUCUACGGCGCCAUGAUCCUUUUGCACAUCGUGCUGUCAGGCUUUCCAGGCAUCGAUGACGAUGCACUCCUCCAGGAGGUGGACAAAGCCGUCGAGAUUUUUGAAUCGAUGAAGAAUAUUCUUGUCGCGCGCCGCUGCGCCGAGAUGAUCCGCGAGGUAUCGGACGUGGCGCGGGCGUGUCUAGCGCGUCGGGGGGCGCUCGUCCCACCCGCACAGCCUGCAUUUGGGCUCCAGCCUGAUGUGGCGGCCGUCCAUGAUGGUUCUGGACAGGAUGAGUUCUUUUACUCUUUGUUUAACCAGGAUGCGCAGGAUGACACGCGCGCGGAGAUGCUGGCGAACCUGGUGGAUCCGACGAUCCUGGAGGAUUUUGCGUUUGGUGACUUCUCGUUCAUGGGAUAG